AGAGUUCGAAGUUCAUCUGUGUGUUUUGGUUUUUAUUUUUUGUUACUUUAAAAUCAAAAUAUGCAUUAUAUAAUGUAUUUUAAAGACUAUAAAUUAUAGAACAAAAUUAUUUUCAAUUAUGUGUACCACACCACCGGCUCCGCCGCCUCCGCCGCCGCCCCCGCCACUGCCAACUCAGGUUUCUCCUAGUCCAAAACCAAUUUCAAGCUCAGGUGAUAUUACACCACCUUCAACAACAUUAGAUGUUUGUCAGUGGGCACUAUCCGAACCCCAAUUGCGGGAAGUAUGCUCUAGAAACAAUAUUUGUUUGGAUGUUAAACCAUAUCUAUACAAAUACAAAGAUUUCAAACCCAUUAUUCAAGUUGGCCCAACUUGUGGACUUGUGGCUUUAUCAAUGUUGUUAAAUGGUGCCGUCACCUCUGAUGAACUAUUUAAUAUUACAAAGAUGGAAGGAUUCAGUAACAAUGGUGAAAUGUUUAGUUGCAAUAAUAUGGCUAAGCUUGCAGAUAAAGCAAUAAGUUUAGCUGAAUUUGAUAAUGUACGAUUUCAUGUUAAAGAAGGUGGUUUGUUCAGCGAAGAUACUGUGAUUGACUUAUUAAAUGGAGCUGCUUUGUUAGUGGCCUAUGAUGCAGAUUGUAAUCAUGCCCCAUGUGAAAGAAAGGGUCACACUGCUCAUUGGGCAUUAAUUUGUGGUGUUAUAAUUGUGUCAGAAGUUUCAGAGGGGGAAUACACUUCUGAUCCCAAUAAUGUGUAUGUGUUGAGUAGACAUGGCAAAUCGAAGUACUUGUCUGCUUGGAAGCUGGAUGCCCUGGCAAAGAGUAAUCAAAAUUUGUGGGAGUUUUCUCCUAAAAAGAAAGAGGAUGGCAUGCUCUAUGUAUUGCCAGAAGGUGGAAUUGGAGGUAAAGAUGGAUUGAGAGAUCAGUUUUUGAUAUUUUAUGGUUUGUAAUUUAUAAGUGUUGAUGUUUUUAAAUAAAUGUAUUUAAUGUUCA